UGUAUACAAUGCGCCGCGAUUCACAUGUGAGGAUAAAAACAUAACCUAUAAUUAAAAGAAGUAAAUAUUAACGAAUUGAAAGAUUUAUUUAAUAAAAUGAGCCAACCACACGCAGAAGAUGCUUUUGAAAAGAAAAAGGCUCACCGUCAAAAACUUUCGGGACGAAAAGCUGAACGCAAAAAAGCGAAAUCGGGAAGAAAUAAUGAUCUAGAUCCAAAAGAACGAAAUCCUAAAGCUUUUGGUUUUCAAUCUGCAAUAAAGGCACAGCGUAAAUUUCGACACAAACAAGAUUUUGAAACGAAAAAGCAGCACAUUCCUCAUGUAGAUCACACACCUUUGGAACCGCCACCUCUCCUGGUGGCUGUAGUUGGUCCCCCUAAGGUUGGCAAGUCGACAUUGAUUAGUAGCUUAAUUAAGCUGUUCACACGGACUACACUAACAGAUGUGAAAGGUCCGGUUACAAUUGUAAUGGGUAAAAAACGGCGGGUGACCCUAAUAGAGUGCAACAAUGAUAUUAGCUCCAUGGUUGAUCUUGCCAAGGUUGUCGAUCUAGUUUUACUUCUGUGCGACGCAAGUUUUGGUUUUGAGAUGGAGGUUUUUGAAUUUCUGAAUAUUUGCCAAGUACACGGAAUGCCCCGUAUUAUGGGAGUUUUAACGCACCUUGAUCUAAUCAAAAACGCCAAGGCAUUGAAAAACACAAAGAAAACUUUGAAACAUAGAUUUUGGACGGAAGUAUAUCCUGGCGCAAAACUUUUCUAUUUAUCUGGUAUUUUGCACGAGGAGUAUUUACGGAAUGAAAUAAAGAACUUGGGUAGAUUUUUGUCAGUUAUGAAACUUCGCCAGCUGACGUGGAGAACAACUCAUAGUUAUUUAUUAGGCGACCGUUAUGAAGAUUUAACCAGCCAAGAGUAUGUACGCCAAAAUCCGAAGUGUAAUAGAAAUGUGUCUCUUUAUGGAUACGUGCGAGGCAUUCCAAUAAGUAAACAUUUAUCUGUACAUAUCGCCGGUGUCGGCGAUUUUCCAAUAAGCGAUAUUUCUUUUCUACCCGAUCCCUGCCCUCUCCCAGAGACUAUUAAAAAGAGGGCGCUUAUAGAAAAAGAGAAACUCGUUUACGCACCAUUUUCUGGCGUGGGCGGUAUAGUGUACGAUAAAGACGCCGUGUAUGUGGAACUUGGCGGGUCGCAUAGUCACACGAAAAAGGUUGAGGACGAAUCGACAAAUAUCGUUACCAAUAUAACAAAGAUUGAAAAAACUUUAGAUGAGAAAAUGGAGGAAGCAACGCUACAGCUGUUUACUGCUGGGAAAAAAAUUACCUCCAAAGAUCUUGAGGAGCUUAUGCAAAUCGAUGAUGACCAACUCGUAUCGCAUCUGAAACCUGUAAGAAAAGAGCCUGAAGCACGGUCGGAAAGAAGAAAGGUUAUUUUUGAUGAAGAGGAAGACGAAUUCGAAAAUGCUUCGUCUUCUUCUAGUAGUGAUGAAGAUGAUGAUACUACCACAAAUUCCGCACCGUCUACAAGUGUACCAAACAAAAGUAAGGAUAUAAACAGCAAAUUAAAAAAUAUAUUAAAUCAAUUGGAGAAUAAAAAUGGCGUAAAUGAUAAUCAGACAGAAUCUCAAUCAAGGAAAAGUGAUGAAAGUGAUGACGAUUCUGGUUCCGAUAGCGGUCACGAAUCUUUAGAUGAUUUUAAUGUAAAAUGGAAGGAAAAUUUGGCCACGCGCGCUUUAAAUAGACAUAGCACCACACGUAGUAUUAUGAAAAUUGUUUAUGGGAGUAUCGAUGAAGAACCGGAUGAAGUUGAAAAUGACAAUUCAGAUGGUGAGGAAAUUGGAGGUUUAUUUAAAGUAGCUUCUAGCAAUGUGCAAAAACACAAAAUGAAACAGACCGAUUUAAAUACUGUUGAAUCUUCGUUGUUUGAUUCGUGGAAUAAUGACGUUGGGAAAGAUUGGUUAGAACCUGAGAGUAAAGCUCUAAUACAGAAUUGCUUUGUAACUGGAGCAUGGAAAGAAAGCGAAGAUGCUGAACAGUUAUUAAAACUGGACGAUGCCGAAGAUUUAGAAAGUGAUUCCUCUGAAGCGUUUGGCGACUUUGAGGAUCUUGAGACUGGUGAGAAACACAUUACGCCCGGAAGCGACAAACAAGGCGAAAAGAGAAAAAUGCCAGUUGAUGAAUCGACGGAGAAAAAGGCUUUGGCCGAAAAGAAGUCCAAAUUAAAAGCACAAUUCGAUGCGGAUUACGACAAUGCUGGUAGUUCUUAUUAUGAUGAGAUGAAAUCGAGCGCGGAAAAGCAGUCUGAGUUAAAUAAGACUGUGUUUCAACAGAUGUCAGAUGAUUUAAGGGUACAGGUUGAAGGUUAUAGGCCCGGAAUGUACGUUAGGUUGGAGCUUGAAGACGUUCCCGCAGAGUUCAUUGAUAACUUCGAUCCCUCGUAUCCAUUAGUUAUUGGUUCCUUAAAUAUGAGUGAAGAAAAUAUUGGGUACGUGAAUGUCAAAGUAAAGAAACAUCGAUGGUAUAAAAAAAUUUUGAAAUCGAGCGAUCCGGUGCUCUUGUCCUUGGGGUGGCGUCGCUUUCAGACGGUACCCAUUUACUCGAAAUUAGAAGAUGAUUUAAAAUUUAGAUAUCUCAAGUAUACUCCUCAGCAUAUUACUUGCAACGCACAUUUUUGGGGACCGAUCACACCACAAGGUACUGGCUUUUUGGCAAUCCAGUCUGUUCCUAGUUCAGUUACGACUGAUAAACCUGGGUUUCGAAUAGCAGCCACAGGAGCCGUGCAAGAGCUAGAUAAGUCCACUCAAAUUAUGAAGAAACUGAAAUUAAUAGGACAUCCAUUAAAGAUAUACAAUAAGACUGCUUUUAUUAAAGAUAUGUUUAACAGUUCCUUGGAAGUCGCCCGAUUUGAAGGAGCUCAAAUAAAGACCGUUUCCGGAAUUCGCGGUCAGAUCAAAAAGGCAAUUAGCAAACCUGAGGGAUGUUUUAGGGGUACAUUUGAAGACAAAAUUAAAUUAAGUGAUAUUGUCUUCUGUCGAACUUGGUUCAAAGUAAAUGUACCUCAGUUUUAUAAUCCAAUGAUCACGUUGCUUCUACCUUCAGAGUUGAGAAUUGGUUGGAAGGGAGCGCGUACUUUAGGCCAAAUUAAGCGAGAUGAAAAUAUUAAAAAUCAACCGAAUGAAGACAGUUUGUAUAAGGAUAUCGUACGAAGACCAAAAGUUUUUAAACCCCUAGUUAUUCCAAAGAAAUUGCAAGCCAUUUUGCCAUACAAAAGCAGGCCAAAAUAUGGUGUACUAUUAGAAGAGCAAAAGAAAGCUCUCGAAAGGGUAGCUGUUGUAAGGGAACCCUAUGAGCAUAAGGUAUCUAAAAUGAUGCACAUGCUGAGAACAUCAUUUAAACAUAAGAAAGAGCAACACAAGAAGACAAUGAAAGAGAAUAUUAAAAAUUAUCACAAGGAAAUUGAGCAAAUCGAAGCGAAGAAGCAAAAAAAGAUUCAGUUGCAAAAGAAGCAAAUCAUGAAGACAAGACAAAGAGCUGCUGCUAUAAGAGAAAAGAAGGGAAGAUCAUAGUGAAUGUUUCUAUUUUUAAGUUUGAAUACAUAUGUUGUAUAUUGA